AACAAAGGAAGCACGAGAAUUAAGGAUGUUGAUGUCUUGAGCUCUUCAAUGAGCUGAUUAUAUAUAGAAAUUUGAACAGUGGAGUUGUAAAAAAUAACUUGAUGUCAUCAUUUCCCUAAAAAUAUGUUCGAUUUCCCGCAAAAAAAACAGCAUCUAAAAUAGUACAAUAGAAGCAGAGUUAUUCAGGAUAAUCCUUAACUCUUUCCCUCUCCCUGCGGGGGAAAUUUCAAAAAAUUCCCUUUUAGUGUGCAUUCUCAUGACGUACCGUACCCUGACUGUACCGUACAUUCUCAAAUUACGAAAGAAAACAAAAUAUUAAGCGAAAAUUCAAUUAAAAAUUCUGAAAAAUUCUUUCCGAUAAUAAGUUACUGUAUAAAUAUUUAAAUAAUUAAAAAUUCAUGACGCGUGGGAAAUUUUUCGAUAAAAUCCUUUAAUUUGGGGAAAUUUUGGAGCUACUUUGGGGAUAAUCUAGGGCCUUGUGUCUAACUACACCAGGAAACUUCGUAACUUCCGGUCGGGUGACAUUCGAAACAUUAGUGAGAGAGAAACCGCAUGUAGGGUCGGUAACGAUAUUUCGCGCUGUUUACGUUUUCGUAUAUCUCUAUUUUUGAAUUUAUUCGUCCUCGAAAUGGCCGAUUUCCUUUAUAAUUUAUACAGAAACGUUGUCGCCGAAGAGAAACACGUAAAUCAGCUGUCGAACGGAAAUAUUGGAGAAUGUCUUCAAUGGAUAUUGGAAAAAUAUUCAAAUAGUGGAUUAAUAAAGGAGAGUGAUGCUAUUAACUUCGAUAAACCCGGUAACAGAUGCGCUUACGUCUAUCUUUACGCAACGUCCCACUCCUGUUUAGUUGCCAGGACUUUCGAAAAGUUUCGUGAAUGUAAUCUGGAGAGAUACAUCGAAUGGAUGAAACGAUUAAGAUCAUUUUGGUCAUUUAAUAUAUGCUCUUUAGGUGCCGGGCCGGGCACCGAUAUUGUAGGCAUUCUGAUGUUUUUCCGACAUCGUUUGAAUCUGUUGUCGGGCGUGAAGGUUAAUUGUACCUUGAUUGAUAAAUAUUCUUCGUGGAAAACGAUAUUUCAUAAGAUUAUGAACAAAUUGUAUAGUGAAAAUGCCGACCAGUUUUUAAAUAUAACAACGGAAUAUUUAGCCGAAGAUUUAUUUAACUGUUUAUCUGGAAACGUUCGAGCAGCCAUUCAAACUGCUGAUCUAAUUAUUAUGACAAAAUUUAUAUCUGCAAUUAGCGCUGAUAAUGAAUGCUUCGACGUGUUAAAGAAUAUAUUUGAAAGUAUGAAGCCAGGAGCAUUUUUCCUUUGCAUUGAUAAUUCAGGAGGAAGUGCCUACAAGAUAAUGCGUAAUGCUGCAAGAGAAGUUGGAUUAAAUCCUAUUUUUGGACCAAAGUUACAUAUAGAUUUUCAGAUAGGCUACAGAUUGAAGAAAGUCAGAUUAGAUAUAGCUGAAGGCAGAAAACUCUAUGGAGCCAGUCCACAAGAAAAUUCUAAAAUCUCUGUUGUAAUUUAUGAAAAACCUAAUCAAUCAAAUAAUUUCAUAUUUGGAACUAUGGAUAAGGCAAGUUCCUCAAUGAAUGCUUAUCAUGAUAACCAAACUCCUUUUAAUUCCUAUUAUGAAUAUCCAACACAUCGAACAAGUUCCCCAAUAAAUACUUAUAGUAAUAGUCAAAUUACUUUCAAUUCCUCUUAUGAAUAUCCCUCUCCUUAUUGUACAAGUUCUCCAAUUUAUCAUAAUCGUCAAGCUUCCAUCAAUUCUUCUUAUGAGUAUUUAUCUCCUCAUCAAAGAAGUUCGUUUUUUGAAUCAAGUUGUGACUAUUCAUCAAACAAUUUUAAAGAUGAUUCCCUAAAUGACUCAUCAUUCAGAAAAGGCAAUAACAUGAUUCUCAAUCAAUAUGAUUAUCCUAGGAUAAAUAACAGUAAUCAAAUCAAUUGUUUACCUUUAAAUCCAUACAAUUGUGAAUUUGCGUCACAAAAUAGUAUUUCUGAUUUUUAUCCACUGAAAGAAAACUGGCAUUCAAAUCAAUCAAAUAAUUUUAUCAAUUUUGAGGAUAAAUACUCCCAAAUAUGGUGCAAAAGACCAGUUAGUAAUUUUUCAAAUAUAUCAUCAUCAUCAUCAUCAUCAUCAAACUAUAACAACAGUUAUAUGACAUUAAAUUCUAGAAAAAGAAAGAGGACAAAUUCAAUACUAAGUGAGAGUAAUAAAAGGCAAUGUUUUAGAUUAUAAAUAAAAUAAAACCCAGAAAUAAGACUAUUUUAGGCUUACCAUCAUGUCAGCUUACCCAUGAAAGUUAAUAUCACAACUGCUUUAGUUGUGUACUUAGCUGAAGCUCCAUGAAUAAUAGUCCAUAAAUGUUCCCUAAAGUCAUAUUUCUGGUUUCCCUAACAAGAAGUUUGAGUUUCCUUUUAUUUAAAUAUGAUAUGAGAAAUGGGGUGAAAAUAUUGGAUCAGUUAACUCCUGAAAAUUUUUAGCUUGACUCCAAUUCAUAUUUUGCCUAUUUUUCUAUUAUAAUUUCAAAUUUUUUUUCAUAGUUUUAGAUUUAAAGAAUUGUAAUUGCUUUAUAAAAUCCAAAACCCAAAAUAAAUCUAUACUUUCUCAGUUACUUAUAAUUUUAUAUUUUAAUUAAAAUAAUUUUUGACUGUUUUAUUUGCUAUUUUUUGUAAUAAUAAUAAUUUAUCUAAAGUUUUUUCUACAUAAUAAUGAAAAAAUAAAUGUGGAUAUUGCAAAUACAAAAUCAUUGUAAUGUUAUUUGGUAAAUAUAAAAAAUAUAUAUUUACUAUUACAAUAAAGUUUUAUAAAUAGAAUUCUUUUGAUGUGAAAAUAUACAUAACACUGUUGACAUUGUAUUUUUUAUUAACAAAUAAAUGUCCACCAGUGGCCUAGUGUAUAAAACCACUGCACACUGGUGGGUCGUGAGUUCGCACCUCUAACAAGCUGGCCACAUGGAGUUUUCAGGAUUUUCUUUGUUUGUAACACAAUUCUAAAACCCAUUCGCUGUUUCCCUGUGGUGGAGCUUAACAGUGCGUCUAGGGGUGCGUUUAUUAAUAGCGGUCGCUUUACGUCUCCGCUACUACGGGAGUGCGCUGCUGUUUGUAGGCAUUUAGGAACGACGGUGAAAGAAAGAUGGCGGUGACCGCACUAUCGAUAGUAUCGUGAAUGAGGAAUCUUUAAUUCUAAAAUAUGAGCUUUUAAAGGCAAAAGAAUUGUAAAAUUUAACCAUAAAAUGGAUUAUUUGUUAGAACAGCAUUCAAAAUAGUCACGACAAAAAUUAGAGUGCCGGCUACCAUUCGAAAAAACACAUCACCGCGUGCACUAACUUGCGCUUUCACAACUUUUAAAUUUUCAUUCGUAAAACCACACAAUGGACCCCGAAACGAAACUAUAUGAGCCAUGGACAGACUCCAUGUUGCUUUCCACCGCAAACUGCUACAAGCGACUGUUUUUGCCGUUCGACGGCGCGCACUCAGAACGGAAUUUAGGAACGUGUUCCGCAGGAAUUUUUAAACGGAUGUCGCUCGCGCGGAGGAAUAAAAGAACGCACCCUAGGAAUCGAAAGAAUGCCGAGGGUGUAAUUGUGGCAUUUUGCAAAUGUCGGCAUUUUCUAGUGAUUUUUAUGUUAAGUAUUGCGUAGUCUUAAUAUUCAGUUAUUGUCAGAUAAUUCUAAUAAAAUUUUAAAUGAUUAAGAACGGAAAACGAUUGGAAAAUCCAGAAUCAAUCUUUGGAAAGAAAGACUAAAAUUCUCCAUUUAUAUGUGGAUAUCUUUUAUUGUGUAGUAUGAAAUAAAUAUGUAAUUUUAUUUCAGAAAAAGUUAAUACAGUAGAGCAUCGAUUAUC